AUGGCGGAGACAUCGGUCUCAGUACAAAUUCCCGUAUCGACACUAUCAACUAACACUUCUUCAAAGCCAGAGAGGUUACCGACGACAGUUGAAAAACCUAGCCCCUAUACUUACGACCUCGGCUAUCUCAACGCCGUCGACCCUAACCCUCUCCCAACAACAAGCAGCCUCCUCAGCCAGCCCAUUGCUCAACGCAACGAGACCCUGAAAGCCAUAGCCCGCGAUGGCGCCCAAUGCCUCCUCAACACCCUCCUAACUACCUGCCCCAUCAACUCCACUCCUGAUGGGCUGAUCAUGACUCUUCCCGCACCGCAGAACUACCUCCCGAGGUGGAAGCCGCUGCCGAAACCUAAAGCGCCCACGAAAUGGGAACUUUUCGCCCGCAAGAAGGGGAUCGGGAAGUAUGGCGGAAGUCUCAAGGGAGGCGCCGCACAGGAAGAGAGACGAAAGAAUCUGGUCUAUGACGAGGAGAGCGGCGAGUGGGUCAAGAAAUGGGGCUAUAAGGGUGCGAACAAGAAGGACGAGAGUCAGUGGCUUGUCGAGCUCGAUGAUCAGAAAAUAAGGACGGAGAAGGAGGGCGCUGAUGCAGGGAAGAAUGUGAGAAUGGAGGGACGGAGGGAGCGAAAAGAGAGGAUCAAGAGGCAGGAGCGGCGACAACGGGGCAACGAGAGGAGGAUGAGGAAGGGGGGCGGUUGA